UGAUUAUGUGAAGUCCUUCUUUGUUCUAUUAUUUCAUAUGAGUGUUGGUGAAGUUGAGAGAUGAAAAAUAUGAUAGCGUUAUUUAUAUGAGUGAGUGAUCCUAGGACCAAUAUAGUGUGGGUAUUUUACUUACACUCUUUAAUAAGUCAAGUAUUUUGUUGGAUUGACAAUGGUCCAUUAAUAUUUAUUUUAUCACUAAUUUCUUAACAUUAUCAUUUUUCUCCUUUCAUAGUUUUUUACCUUUGUAUCAGCCUUUGGGUUUCUUGAAAAGACAUGAUAAACGGUGAGCUUCAUGCAAUGCAACACACAAUAAUAUAUAUUCCCAUUUAAUAAAAACCAACUGAAUUGAAAAAGGGGUCACAAUUAAUUACUUAAUAUUUGGCCCUUAUCUAUAAAAUUACUUGUUGCAUGGUUUUAAUCAAAGAUGAAACAAGUAAUUUGCAUUGCGUAACAAAACUAAUUUCUUAGUAGGUCAGUACUACUACUACUACUACUAUAUAUAUACAUAAUUUGUCACAUAACAAAAAAACGUGUAAACUUAGCAUACCCCUUCAAAUCUCCCAUAAAGCAAAUCUAAAACCAUAAAAGGGUUCAUUUAAUUAAUUCCUUACAUGCUUCUUAUGAAUUGCAAUAUCCAAAAUAAUCAUGGAUCAUGAGGAAAUGCAUGAUGGCAAGCGGCAGCAUUUCAUGCACAUGACAUUCUUCUGGGGGACAAAGUCCGAGGUUCUGUUCGCCCAAUGGCCUGGAGACAGCCAGUAUUGGAUGUACACACUCGCUCUGCUCUUUGUCUUCAUCAUGUCCUUCCUCGUCGAGUGGCUCUCCCACACACGCUUCACCAAACCCGGUUCCAGAAACAUUGUUGCUGGUCUGGUUCAGACCUUGCUGUACCUCCUUAGAGUUGGUUUGGCCUACCUUGUUAUGCUGGCGCUCAUGUCUUUUAAUGGUGGUGUGUUCUUGGUCGCUGUGCUCGGUCACGCUCUUGGCUUCUUCUUGUUCCGUAGCAGGGCUUUUUCUAAACCGCCAAAUGAUGAUCUUCCUCCAAUGUCUUGUUAACUAGUCAGGGUCUAUGCUGCUCUUUUCUUUUCUUUUUUCUUCAUCAAAUAAUUAUUACAAGUUCGAUCUUCUUCACAUUUUCAAAAAUAACAAAUGAUGAAACAUUGUAUGUCAUUUUAAUUGAUAAAAAAACAGGUAUUAAUACACCAAACAUGAUAAACACAUCAAGCUAUACAUUAUUUAAUUUGGUCGUUCAUCCUAACAUAUAUUUGGUCUCUAACUAAUGAUUUACCGAUUUUCAGUACAAAAAGUAUUUCAGCAAUGAUUUGUUUUCAUCCUCGUAUUUUUCCUUCUAAAAUAAAAUAUUUACACAGUAUACCCUGUUGGCUCUCUCUGCAUUGCUUUUUUUAUGGACCAUAUUCUACAAAUUGCUUAAACAAAAGCUGCCAAGAGGUGUUUUUAAUUGAUUAGUAUUUUUAGUAAAAAGGAAAAAAAGUGAUUAGUAUUUAUAGGUGAGCCAAUUAUUUUGUGACAUGUCAUCAUUUAACUAAUGAAAUAACUAAUAAUUUACAAAAGAGGAGGGAC